CGGGAUGAAGUCCUCGGCGCGCCUGCGUCCCACUCCUCAGAAGACCCUGUGCAUCCUGCUCAUGGCUGAAUCUCUGGUGCCUGAACACUUCUCAGCUCAUGCAACCUCCCAUAGAGGAUGCUCAGAGCCUAGAUUUCAAGGAGCCAGAGAACCCAGGAGCCCUCAGCCCAGCCCUGUUCCUGUCACUGGUCAGCCACCAGAAGGAUGAGGGUCAGCCUGGCUACCCUGGCCUUCCUCCUCACUCUUGCCGCCCUCCACUCCGAGGCUGAUAAAGAACCAGCUGAUAACGUGACUGUCUGCUGUGUCACCUACACGUCGAGGAGAAUCCCACUGUCUUAUGUGAAAAAUUAUGAAAGGACCAGUGACCAGUGCUCCAAGCCAGCAGUCAUCUUCCAGACCAAAAGAGGGAAACUGUUAUGUGCCGACCCUGGUGAGGCCUGGGUGCAGAAGUCCAUUGAGUACCUGGACCGCAAGUCCAGGGAGCAGUGAGACCACCACAACCCAGGAAACAUGAGAAGAGGCCACAGAGCCACCCCCCCCCCCAACUAACUCUCUCAGCCCUAAAUGGUCCCUCCGUGUUGUCCUGACUAGAAGGAAAGCCCAUGAUCGUUCUCUGAUGGCUCCUGAAGCUUUGCCGUGACGCUCCGCCCUCUGGGGCCGGAGGAGACUGUGGCCCCCAGACAGCAUCUAUUCUCCCUUUG